AUGGCCGCUGCUCUGGCGCAUUCGUCGGGCAUGAUUCCUUCCAUGGUUGGAGUCCCACCGGCGACAUCAUACGAAAAUGGCGGCGGCAACAACAGCAGCAGCACAGGAGCAGGCCAUGGAUCGAUGAUUCCAAACGACGGCAACCGAGCCGGCCGGAAUGCGCCGCAAGGCGACCUCAAGUCCGAUGCGGAGUCGGCCCAAUCGCAACAUAGAAAGCUCCAGCUGAGCGACUUCAAAAAGGUCCGGACGUUGGGAACAGGAACAUUUGCACGAGUCUGCCUUGUCCGCCCAUCGGACCCGCAGAACGAAGCGGAGCGCAACCAAGUAUUUGCGCUCAAGAUCCUGCGCAAAUCCGAGGUGGUCAAGCUCAAGCAGAUCGACCAUGUGCGACACGAGCGCGCCAUCCUCUCCGACGUCUCGGGCUUCCCCUUCAUAACAAACAUGCUCGCCUCCUUCUCCGACCACGACUUCCUCUACAUCGUGCUCGACUACGUCCCCGGCGGCGAGCUCUUUUCGUAUCUGCGCAAGUACCGUCGCUUCGAUGAGGACAUGGCCCGCUUCUACGCCGCCGAGAUCGUCCUGGUGCUAGAGUACCUGCACGAGGCCCAGGACGGCGUCGCCUACCGCGAUCUCAAGCCCGAGAACCUGCUGCUGGACGCCCAGGGCCACAUCAAGCUCGUCGACUUUGGCUUCGCCAAGAGGCUGGGCGGCAGGAGGGACGGCGACAACAGCGGCACCAAGGAGACCUACACCUUGUGCGGCACCCCAGAGUACCUGGCUCCCGAGGUUAUCCAUAACAAGGGUCACACGACGGCCGUGGACUGGUGGGCGCUGGGGAUUCUGAUUUACGAGUUUCUUACCGGGUACCCGCCCUUCUGGCACCAGAACCCAAUAGAGAUCUACAAGCAAAUCGUCGAAAAGCCCGUCGUCUUCCCGCAAGACCCGCCCAUCUCUCCCAACGCCCAGGACAUCAUCCGGCAGUUCUGCACCGUCGACCGCUCCCGCCGGCUCGGUAACAUCAGCGGCGGAGCGGCGCGGGUAAAGGAGCACCCCUUCUUCGAGGGCGUCGACUGGGACGCCAUCUACAGCCGCAAGUUCCCGGGGCCCAUCCUGCCACCAAUCAGGUACCCAGGCGACGCCCAAUGCUUCGACAUUUACCCCGAAGAGGACGUCGGCAAGGAUCCUUACACGGACGAGAUGGCUCAAAAGUACGACCAAUACUUUAGGGACUUUUGA